GCGGUUAUGGUUGUUGAGGUAUGUAGACGCUUUCGGCUUUAUCGAAACGGUUACUGUUGUCGAGGACUGUUCCCGUGGAAGGUUCGCGGACAUGUCGUUUUUACGAUUAUCCUAUUGUUUGUUAAUCGAAAUCGCAUUCGAGUUGACACGUUUCGCGUUCUGCGUUGUCGUGUCCGAGGAUUUGGUCGAGACGUACAAACGGGAAAGAACGUUGGGCGAUCGUGGAUUGAUCGUCGAGAACCUCGCGAGUUAUCAAGAAGAACGCGAUCGUUUGUCCAAGUCGAUACCGUGCAUCGAGAGUUUGGUGAAGAAAUACAUAGACGAACCGGGUCGGUCCGUCUUGUUGGAAUUGGACAACGAGACGGACGUUAACGAAAUGAUCGCUCGGCCACUGGUGACGAGCCUGAAAGCUCGCUUCGCGUUUUUCACGCACACCACCGACAUGAAGUUUGAUAUACCAGCGGAAACCGCAUCGAGCACAAUCAUCUUAAUGUCGAGCAGCAACAGUCUCGAGGAUAGUUUGAACAUAGUGUAUCCGUGCGAUCGAGGCUGUCUGUUUGUCGCGAUACUGACUAGCGAGUUCCAAGAGGAAAAGAGUUUCCUCGAAGACGCUCGACUUCUGAUAGAAUCGAUGUGGUCGACGCGAAGACUCGCGAUAGUUGUCGCGGUGGCUAGAGUCGGUAACUCUGUCCUGGUAGCUGGCAGCGUCACCUUUGAACCGUACAAGCCUUGCAGUCCGUCUCCGCCUAUCGUUUUGGACAAAUGUAACGACCGUCGUCGCGACGCGGACGAUCGCGACGCGACUUUGAAUCGUUUAAAAAAGCUCGGUCCGCCGGCCUUGAACAAUUGCCUACUCAAGGUGGCCUACUUCGAUCAGCCUCCGUACGUGAUGUCGGUGAACGGUACCGCGAAUUUGACCGGUUUCGAGGGUAGCUUAGCGGAAGAGGUGACCAGAGGGAUGCAGAUCGAAUGGGAGAGAGUCGAGUGGAGCGAGAAUACCAGCUACUCGGAACAAGUGCAAAUGUUGCUUUACGAUGAAACAAUGGCCGAUCUGGUGAUUGGUCGCAUUCUCCAACAGUCUCACAGGGACAUAGGGUAUUCGACGACGUACGAUAUGCUAAAAGUGGUGUGGCUGGUGCCAAAAGUGCCAAAGGUGUCGUUGGAAGGACUGGUUUUGCCGUUUCAGCCGUACGUUUGGGCCGCUAUAGGCGGAUCUCUACUUUUCGGUGGCCUGAUCAAGUUUUUCUUGAUUCGCGACGUCUCCUGGUUGGACAUUUUCGGUUUGAUAAUCGGCGCGUCUCUCGCUCGACAACCCACCAAACUUUCCAGAAAGAUUCAUUUCGUUUCGUGGAGCAUUUUUGGUUUAUUUCUCAGCCAGAUCUACGUGGACUCGCUGGCUGGUCAGCUGAUCGACGAGUCGAUCCUUAAGAUCGAAACGAUGAAGGAUCUGAUCUCGUCUUCGUUCGAAAUUGGGGGCACGGCGGCGUUCGCGAGGCUUUUCGACGAAUUCGAGCACACGGACGAGAUCGUGAGGCAAGUGCGCGAUAAGAUGGUCGUGUUCGAACAGGACCAGUACCUCGAUCAGUUUGGAGAUUUGUUGGAAGGACGAAACACCACGUUCGCUUUGGUCGCCGUGCUCAACUCGUCGCGUAGCGACGCUAUCGAAACAGCGUACGCUUACACGAUCACGACCGAGGUGAUAUGCAGCUUUCCGCUGGGUUUCGCUACUUGGACGGGUUUCCCUUACUUACGGUUCAUCGACGACAAGAUUCACGACUUUAUCGAUCACGGUAUCUUUGAUUUCAUGAUCCGGCAGGCACUCGCCAACGACACGCGCCUCAGAAAGUUUGCGAUGGCGAACGAUCAAGAAUAUAAAUCAGAGCUUCAUCUGCCGCAAUUUGUUCCAGCUUUCUUGCUGAUGCUAAUCGGUUUCUCCAGCGGUUUAACGUUUCUCUUUAUCGAGAUUGCGCUCUAUCCGUGGAAAUUACUCGAGUAAUUCUUCCAGAGAACAAUUAAUUGUCGUUAUAAUACUCGUUAGUGUUUGUCGGUACAGUUGGUACUCGACUGAAACGUAAUCGAGAUAAAUUACGAGAGACGCUCGCUCGAGAUCGUAUUUCGUAUUUCGUAUUUCGUAUGGCAUCACGUAUAAAUUGGCAUCGUUCGCGUGAGAGCAACGUCCGUCUGGAAUCGCUGGAUAUCGUUUUACAAUAGAUUAUCGACUUUCGCUUUACGAAUUAUAGACGGAUAUUGGAUUGCGGCCGAACGAACGCGCGCGAGAUAGGUGUGGUGUAACCUUUUUGUUGAAACCGUUCAAAAGUGGUCGAUUCGUGUCAAGGACGUGGACGCGAUUCUGGCAAUUCGUACGGCGACGUCGCAUUGUUUAGCAAAUCUUGUACUCGUUACUCUCGGAUUUACUGUAUCUUCAUUAUACCAUAAAUACUAAAGUAAUUCGAAAGGGUUUUUCGUCUUUCUUUCGAACCAACUUUCACGCAUCCAACAAACCCAACAAACAUAUAUGUAUACACCUAUGUACGUCCUCGUUUGCAAAUCCUCGAAAUGUUUCAUUUUCUUCCUCCUCGUUCUUAUUCUCGACUCGGCAAAUCAUUCUUUUAUCCUUGUUCGAAUUCGCGCUCCAAAGGACCCACCCAUCCGCAUCCGCACUCGGUCAUCCAUGUACAUGUACAGUGUACACGGCUGAUUUAUUACGUAUCGUAAAAGAAACGUAAUUUUCUCGACUGGCUUCGAAUGUAUAGUUGAAGCCACAUGCUAGACGGAUAAAUCGUAAAGACUGUCGUUCGAGGAACGAUUUAACGGAUCACGUUUCCGGUCCAUACCUUUCUACGUGGAAAUCGACGCGAAAUUAAGACGUUUCAAUUUACCGUGAUCCUCGAAUUCGUUGACUGACGUCGAUUUUUCGCGUGACAGUUACGAGAUACCUUCUCCCUUCGCUAAUUCUAAGAAAAAUUUGAUAAAUGGUCCUUCGUAAGAGAGCCGAUCGAAACACACGGAAAAUGAUACGAUAGGUGCGUAUCGUAUAAUCCAUACUAUUCUAUUCAGGAUACUCGUAUUCCGAGAAACGAUAUUAUUGUAAUUCUCUCCGAGCGUUUGCAAAUAUCGCGUAUGUACCAUGUAGUACUUAUUGUUAGCUACAUCGA